GUACCCACCAUGCAUUUCGGUGAUUCUGCAUAUUUUCCAACAUUUUCAGAUUGUCAUUCUUCCAGAAUUGAAAGGAUUGUUUAUUUCAGUCGCUCGAAAAUUAAGUAGUUAACUACGGACGGGAUUUGAAUCUAGAAUUAACCUUCUUAAGUAGAGGAAAUGGACCGUCUGUUACGGUUAGGAGGCGGUAUGCCAGGUCUGAAUCAAGGACCCCCACCAUCGGAUGCUCCUGUAGUAGAUACUGCUGAGCAGGUAUACAUAUCUUCACUGGCUUUACUCAAAAUGUUGAAACAUGGACGCGCAGGUGUACCCAUGGAAGUUAUGGGAUUAAUGUUGGGUGAAUUUGUAGACGACUAUACAGUCCGAGUCAUUGACGUGUUUGCCAUGCCGCAAACAGGAACUGGCGUUAGCGUUGAGGCUGUUGAUCCAGUAUUCCAAGCCAAGAUGUUGGAUAUGUUGAAACAGACUGGACGACCUGAGAUGGUAGUUGGAUGGUACCAUUCGCACCCUGGUUUUGGCUGUUGGCUUUCAGGAGUUGAUAUUAAUACUCAGCAGUCAUUUGAAGCACUUAGUGAACGUGCUGUGGCUGUUGUCAUCGAUCCUAUUCAAUCUGUGAAAGGCAAGGUCGUUAUUGAUGCUUUUCGAUUAAUUAAUCCCAAUAUGAUGGUCUUGGGGCAAGAACCUCGCCAGACUACAUCCAAUUUGGGUCAUCUGCAAAAGCCAUCAGUGCAAGCGUUAAUUCACGGAUUAAAUCGUCACUACUAUAGCAUUAGUAUAAACUAUCGUAAAAAUGAACUGGAGCAGAAGAUGCUCCUCAAUUUGCAUAAAAAAUCAUGGAUGGAUGGUCUCACGCUUGCUGAAUACUCAGAACAUGGAAAACUUAAUGAAGGAAUUGUUUCCGACAUGUUGGAGUUAGCCAAAAAUUAUAAUAAGGCAUUAGAAGACGAAGAAAAGAUGACACCAGAGCAACUGGCAAUAAAAAAUGUUGGAAAACAAGAUCCAAAACGGCAUCUUGAAGAAAAAGUCGAUACACUAAUGACUACAAAUAUUGUGCAAUGCCUCGGUGCUAUGCUUGAUACUGUGGUGUUCAAGUGAUGUUUUCUCAUUAUAUAAUUUACCUACGAAAAUUGAACAUAAAACCGUCUUUUUAAAAUAAAAUGAAAACAGUAAAA